AUGAGAUUGGAUCUAGUCAACUUCUGCGACCAUCUCCCACUUGGAAUUUCAACAUUCGCUGCAGUUGUUCGCUGGCAUCUAGGACGCAUUCUCGAUGAACUUGUUGUUACCGGCCUCCCUGAAGCAGAAGCCUCUGUCGAUGAGCAAAUGGUUCUUCGAAAUCUUGUCAGAGACGAAGGUCUGUUCUCUUCCGCAGGUGCUGCUUUCAUUUCAAUCAAGGAGGGAGUCAAACCACUUUCUGUCUUCAGCUACUCUCACGAGGUUGUCUGCCUGAAGAAGAAGAAGGCUUCCAAGAAGAAAUCUCCAUUGAAUCAUCCUGAGGGUGGUCAGCCGCCAAAAUCCACCUACCCUGAUGGAAAGACAAUCUGGAAAUGGGCUAAGGAACAUGAUGAUGAACCAAAGGAGUGGAUUGAGUUUGACAGAGUAUCGGGACGACGUAUGAGUGAGGUUGAGGAUGAGGAAGACGAGGAGGAGGACGACGAUGAUCAAGCCGACUUUGCUACACUACUGGGUCUGCCAAUAUUCCCGUUGUUUGGGCCUCCUCCUCCACCAGUCAACCCAACGUCGGCACCAAAUGCUGAUGUAAUGGAUGACGAUGGCGACUCGGACGGGAUGCCUGAGCUUAUCGAUAUCGAUAUUGAUGGCUGA